GCUGCUUAUCCCUCUAAACAUUGUAUUUUCUUAUCUAGAAGAAAUAUUUGCUUGAGUUUAUUCUUGUUGGCAUUCAUAUGCUAGACUUCUGAUAAAGCUGUUUAAAACUACAUAUCUUUGAACCAAGCUAUAGAAGCUCAUCUUUUAUUUGUUUUCAAAUCGGUGUGUGGGAAUAGGAGUUUGACCCAUGUUCCAUAGGUCGAAUUUCGUUAUAAGUCAUAAUAAGUUAAUAAGUCCCUGGAAAUACAGAUUUCUAGUACCAAUCCUCUGAAUAUCAGUUAUUCUAGCCCCAGCAAAAUGGUCGCUAAAAUAUUUAAUGAAUUUGUUAAAACUAAUACGUCUGUUGCAGGGUGGUGCUUCAUUAGUUCUUGUUGUGUUUCCGGGUAACUGUUUUUAAGCAGUUUGCAAGUAAAUUAGCUGCUCUUAAUGAUAUGUUGAUUGGUAUCAAAGUAGGUGAUGUCUGAUAAGGCUCAAGAAUUGUGGGUUAUUUAUAUUCUAUCCAUUUGGUUUGUAAUGCAUGCUCAUGUAAUAGUUGCCUUUCUCCAGCUAUGUGAGGGAAGGACUUGUCCUUGGCCAACUGUUGGGAAAUCGAUUUACUGUAACAUUGAGCGAUUGGCAACUGGUUCACCCCCAACUUACCUCAUUGGUGCUGCACUAAUCAGAGAAGAGUGGAAAUCUACUCUGAGCGUGAUCCUUGAUCCAAGAGAAGGGAAAAGAAAUCCGAUUACAGAGGCAAGAGAAUAUUAUAUGGAUGCUGAUGAUAUUGAAGGGACCCUGUGGCAGUUACCCCGACAUCUGGUUGCUGAAAGAGCUAGACUGCAGUGUCUGAAGAAAUGUCAUGAGAACUACUUACAGACUUUGAAAGCUAUUCCUAGAACUUUGAGGAUUAUGUGACAUGGGAUGCACCCCAAGUUCCGUGAGACUGGAAGGACUCUGUAAAGAUAAUUAAAGACCAUUUACUGCCGAAACAAAAAGCUAGAGGAGAAAGUUUUGAAGUUUAAGCAUGCAAUUUAAAUUGAUUUCUUGUAUCAAUAACUUAAACCCUUUUGCACCAUUAUAUAUAUUUAGAGAGCUCUCAUUCUCAUA